CAAAAUGCUUGGGCAACCAUCAUCUUCAUAUAUCUUGUUGUGCGCGAAACUGGAGUACAUACUCUUUUAUUCAUUCGUUGAAGAGAAAUAGGUUAAAUCCAAGUCGUGCUGAAGAUUUGGUUUUUGUACAUAACAAUCUACGUCUUUUAUCUAGAAGUUCUGGUCAAUAUGAAAAAGAAAGGGCGAAGAUGUGGGAUUGCUAGGUUGUUUCAUGUGAUCUCUCGGCUAUGGAUGUUUCUUAUGCUUACAUAGAUGCAAAAUCUCAGGCGUAGUCCAGAAUUCACUGCCACCAAGAACCAGGAACAAUGCUUCCCAUUUCUUCCCUCGACUCCGAAAUCCCUAAUCCGUUCGGGGAAUUGGGUGUUGGCCUGACAGGCACGGAUCUCCGGGAGACCGCCUACGAGAUCGUUAUCGGGGCUUGCAGGAGCUCAGGAUCGGGUCGGCCCUUGAAAUACGUCUCCAAUUCCGCCGAUCGGAAUGGUUUGGAGAGGUCGGAGUCCAUGUCUUCCUUCUUGUUUCAGCGGUCGAUGCCGGCUUCUGCUCCUAGCAAGGUGAAGAAGGCUCUGGGAUUGAAGUCCAAGAAAAAGAAUAGCUCGGAUUCUAUGGCGGAUGCGGGUGAGGAUUGGAAUUCAGUGAGCCCACAGCCAGCUUCCACUGUUGGGGAGCUGAUUAGGGUUCAGAUGAAGGUUUCCGAGCAAACGGAUUCAAGGGUCAGAAGAGGGUUGUUGAGAGUAGCUGCAGGACAGCUCGGAAGGCGUAUUGAAUCAUAUGUUUUGCCAAUGGAGCUCUUACAACACCUUAAGAUUUCUGAUUUUCCUAGUCAGCAAAAAUAUGAGGCAUGGCAGAGGAGGAUCUUGAUGGUACUUGAAGCGGGGUUACUGUUACAUCCAUCCUUGCCCCUUCUCCACACAGACUCGCAGUUUCUACAGCUCAGUGAAAUUAUACAUGGGGCUAUGAUAACACCCAUAGAUACAGGGAAGUACAGCAAUUCAAUGCAAGGGCUCCGCAAUGUUGUAUUAUCUCUCGCAUCCAGGUCUUUUGAUGGUUCUGUCUCUCAGGUAUGCCAUUGGGCAGAUGGGAUCCCGUUAAAUCUUCGGCUCUAUGAAAAACUUUUAGAAGCAUGCUUCGAGGUGGAUGACGCAACAACUAUAAUUGAAGAAGUUGAUGAAUUCUUAGAAAUCAUUAAAAAGACGUGGGUAAUUCUUGGAAUAGACCAAAUGCUGCAUAACAUUUGUUUUUUGUGGGUCCUGUUCCAUCACUAUGUUAUUUCUGGCCAAAAUGACGAUGAUCUGCUAUUUGCUGCUGAGAUUUUGUUGUUAGAAGUAAAUGAUGAUGCACAAACAGCAAAAGAUUCAACUUACGUGAAGCUUUUGAGUUCUACACUUGGCUUGAUCCUAGGAUGGGCCGAAAAGAAGCUUCUUGCUUAUCACUAUAACUUUUACAGGAGUAAUAUUGAUAUCAUGCAAAGUGUAUUGUCUAUUGCAACUCUAAUUGCGAAAUUAGUGGAAGGCAUGUCUAAUGAGUAUCAUAAGAAGCAAGAAGGUGAUGUUGCAUACUGCAGAGUUGAUAAUUACAUCAGGUCAUCACUGCAUAAGGCUUUCACUCAGGAAAAUAAGAAAUUGAUCUCAUCCAGGAAGUCUUCUAAGAUUCAGCGGAGCUCUAUUCCAAUCCUUUCAGUCCUUGCGCAGAAUACUAGUGAUCUGGCUUUUAAUGAAAAAGAAAUAUACAGUCCAGUAAUGAAGAGAUAUCACCCGCUUGCAACUGGUGUAGCUGUGGCUACUCUUCAUGUAUGCUAUGGGAAUGAACUAAAGAAAUUUGUUUCCAGCGUCAAUGAGUUGACACCAGAUGCUGUACAGGUACUUAUAGCUGCAGACAAGUUGGAAAAAAAUCUUGUAAAGAUGGCAGUUGCAGAUGCCGAAGACAGUGAUGAUGGAGGAAAGGCACUAAUCCAAGAAAUGAUUCCUUUUGAGGCAGAAGCUGUAAUUUCGGACUUGGUAAAGUCGUGGGUAAGAACAAGGGUAGAGAGACUAAGAGAAUGGGUCGACAGAAAUCUGCAACAAGAGAUUUGGAAUCCUCAGGCAAAUCAAGAGCGGGUUGCUCCCUCUGGUGUGGAGACUUUGCGUGUUAUUGAUGAGACUUUAGAAGCAUUCUUCUUGUUGCCAAUUCCUAUGCAUCCUGCCUUGCUUCCCGAGUUGAUGAGUGGUCUUGAUCGGUGCAUGCAGAGCUACAUAUUGAAUGUCCAAUCUGGAUGUGGAUCUCCAAGUACUUUAACCCCAGCUAUGCCGGCAUUGACUAGCUGUGCCGCUGGAACAAAACAUGGUGUAUUCAAGAAGAAAGAAAAACCAAAUACGGUUCAGCAAAAAAACCUCCACUUCUCAGCUGUGGACAGUACUGAUCCCUUUGGAUUGCCACAGUUAUGUGUCCGCAUCAAUACUUUGCAUGACAUACGUAAGCAACUGGAUGUAUUGGAAAAGAGGACUAUUUUGCAGCUGAGAGACAGUGGAUGUGUUGUUGAUGAUGAUGAUGACAAUGUGCCCAAUAGAUUGGGGAGAAGUUUUGAGCUUUCUGUAUCUGCUUGUGUGCAAGGUAUAAAGCAGCUUUCUGAAGCAGCUGCAUACAAAGUUGUCUUUCAUGAUCUGAGCCACGUGUUUUGGGAUUACCUCUAUGUGGGUAAUGUUUCAUCAUCCCGCAUUGAACCAUUCCUUCAAGAGCUUGAUCUAGUCUUGGAGUUCAUAUCAUCAACUGUUCAUGACAGGGUGCGGACCCGCGUGAUCACUGACGUAAUGAAAGCAUCAUUUGAGGGGAUUUUGUUGGUUUUGCUUGCUGGCGAUCCUCCCCGUGCCUUUUCUGUUCAAGAUGCUGGCAUAGUAGAGGAGGAUUUCAAGUUUCUUGUGGAUUUAUUCUGGUCGGACGGCCAUGGCCUUCAAGCUGAUCUAAUCGACAAACAUUCUGCAAACAUAAAAGGCAUUCUUCAUCUUCUUCAUACUGACACAGAGAGUCUCAUCACACAAUUCCAUCUUCUGAUUGAAGAUAAUUAUAAUCCCUCAGGCAAAACCGGCAAAACCAUGCUGACAUUGCCUCCCACCACAGGUCACUGGAGUCCAACUGAGCCCAACACCGUUCUUCGUGUUCUGUGUCAUCGCAAUGACAAGGCUGCAACAAAGUUCAUCAAGAAGAAUUACAACCUGCCAAAGAAACUCUAACAAAAUACUAUAUGUAUACAACAUACUCUUCCUCCCACAUUCAACAGGGAAGCGCUAUCUUACUCUUGUAUAUGAUUUUAUAUUACGUAAUCUUGUUUUCAGAGAGAUAGGAACUUGAUGCCAAGAAAUCCAUCAGAGAGCUAAAAGUCGGGCACCCUUCGGGCAGUUUGACCGUGAGGCGGCUUCAAGACUUCCAUGUAGUUCUACCGUGGGUGCUGAUGUAGCUGGACUGACCGGUAACACUGUUACUUUACGGCGAUGGAUUUCUUUUAUUACUUCCUACCAACUUAUUUAGGGUCCGUUUGGUAUAUGGAAUUGACGGAAUUAGAAUUGAAUUGAAAUUGAGAUUCCAUGGGAUUCAAUUCCAUAAAAUUGAAUUCUGCCAAUUUGAAAUCAUUUUUGCACUAUCAAUUCCAAAUCCACAUAAUUUUUGUUCUACCAAACACCAGAAUUGGAAUUGAAGUCCUCAAUUCUAAUUCCAUAGCUUGAAUUCCAUGUACCAAACGGGGCCUUAGUGUCAUGACUCAUGAGAUAUGGAACCUUUCUAUUUUGGUUGUUUUGUUAGUUUUUCAUGCACCUUAAACCUUGAUGUAUAUUUGCUUUUUUCUAAUAAUGGCUUAUUCAAAUA